GCACACAGCCAUUCCUUUUGGGUUUGUGUCUGCCUGAACACACAGACCUUCUCCAGGCAGCCCUGUGAAGCUCCAGGAGAGGCAGCAGCCAUGAAGAUCCUGUUCCUGCUCUUCCCCCUGAUCCUCCUGUUGGUCCAGGGUGCUGCAGGAUCCUCCUUGGAACCAACAAAUAAGGAGCAAUGUCAGCGUGAAAAUGGGUACUGUGGAUUCCUGAAGUGCCGUUUCCCCUUUGUCAUCAAAGGAAAAUGUUCCCGGUUUUUCUUUUGCUGCAAAAAUCUCUGGGGUUGAGACCCUGAAAUUCCUGCGAAGAGCUUCCCACUGGCUUCUGUCUCCUGGCCCCAUGUGCUGCUGUCCCCUGCCCUCCCUGCCUGUGCCAUGCCCAGCUGGGGUGACAGCAGCAGUGGCAGCUGCUCCUGCUGGCUGCUGCUGGGCUGGAGCCCUGUGCUGCCAGCCCCGCUGUCUUUGGGGCAGGGGCUGCUUUUCCCGGCUUCAAUAAAGACUUGGAGCACUUUGGCAUUGCA